AUGAAGGGUUCACUUGGUUUUCUCAUAUUCAUGGAAACCAAUAAACCUUAUUUUGUAAUGAUCUUCAUACAGUUUAUAUAUGCAGGCAUGGCCUUGUUCUCCAAGGUAGCAAUUGAAAAAGGAAUGAAUCCUUUCAUUUUUGUUGCUUAUAGGCAAGCUUUUGCUGUACUUGCAUUGGCUCCAUUUGCUUUCUUCCUAGAAAGGAAGAAGGCUCCUCCCAUAUCAUACGCUCUACUGUGCAAGGUCUUCUUGGUUGCUUUAUGUGGGAUCACAUUGAGCUCCAACCUAUACUAUGUUGCCAUUAACUACACCUCGGCAACAUUUGCAGCAGCAUCAACUAAUGUAAUCCCUGCUUUAACCUUUAUCAUGGCUGUUUUUCUGAGGAUGGAAAAUCUUUCUUUAAAGCAUUUAUAUGGAGUGGCCAAGGUGGUGGGCUCUGUAAUAUGUAUUGGAGGAGCAUUGGUUGUUUCUUUAUAUCAGGGUCCUCCCAUAAAGUUCAUGAAUUGGUAUCCAUCAGUUCACGGAGAUGCUGCAGGCCAGUCUGCAAUUAAGCAUAGUUCCAGUACAGAUUGGAAAAGAGGCUCUCUUGUCAUGCUUUCAGCAAAUACAGCCUGGUCAUUGUGGCUAGUUUUGCAGGCUUCUAUUGUGAAGAUAUAUCCAGCUAAACUAUCCCUAACUACGAUGCAAUGCUUUUUUAGCUGCAUUCAGUCAACUAUUCUGGCCAUAGCCUUGGAGAGAAACCCAUCCUCAUGGAAGCUUGGAUGGGAUGUCAGUCUUCUUUCCGUUGCAUACUGUGGUAUAAUUGUCACUGGAAUCACAUACUGGUUGCAAGUAUGGUGCAUAGAGAAGAAAGGACCAGUGUUCACAGCCAUCUUUACACCUUUGGCGCUGCUUAUAACAGCCAUCUUCUCAGCUUUCCUGUGGAAGGAGACACUGCAUUGGGGAAGUAUUGGUGGAGCUAUAAUUUUAGUGGGGGGCCUCUACAGCGUCUUGUGGGGCAAGACGAAAGAGGAAGGCUUAAGUGAAAGAAGCGAGCAAAGAGAAGAAGCUAAAGAGCAAAUCCAAUUGGAGUGCAUUACACAUCAGUAAGUGAUGAUGGAAGAAGUAUUGGUAGAAUAAGGAUUUGGUGCAACAGAUAUGAACACUUGGGAGAGCAACAAGAGUCAAGCAACCAACCAAUCCAUCUGUUGUACAGUUUGUUUUAUAUCUGUUCUGUCCGUAUAUGCGGCUUUUUAAUUGUAACAUUUUUAUGGCAAGUUCAUCGUUGUAGAAUUAAAAAUCAUUUCAGCUAUUUGUUAAAUGGGUAAUUCUAGUGAAUUAAGCACAUGAUCAGGGUUUUCAAUUCCA